CUUGAAACACCAAACCAAACAGAAAUAGUCUCACUAGGAGUGCCAUUGGCAACUUCUUUGACGCCAUUCAUGAUCAACGCCGGUGGGGAGAUCCAAGCCCAAUCCCUCUCCACACAAAGGCCUAAUAUAAUCUAAAAUUAACUUACCACUGGAUACGAACGUGCAUGCGACCAUGAGCAGAUUGGUGGAUUCGGGCCUUCGGAGCAAGAGAAUCAAGUCGUUCAAACCAAGCCUGCCACUGCACAGUGUCCCGCGGAGAGAUCAGGAAUCAGCCCCUUGUCAUCGCCAACGCCGUCGUAUGGACGCCGUCGCAGCAACUCCACUCGGUGGCACCCCAAUGGCUGUGGGUGAAUAGCGUCGGCGAAACAUCCACGAGGGAAGGGUGAUUAGAAUUACUAGCGGACAAUGCUAGCUGCAUCCCGGUGGACCGACAAUUUGCUAAGGAGUUAUUGCCGCGUCCUCUGACUCGAGCAUUCAAAUGACAACCCCGGUCUAGGGCUUCUUGUCCAUCGCCAUGAGCAGGCGCGGGAGGACCAAACGGGCUGUGGGCAGGCGAUUGAGCAAGAUGUAGAGAGGGGGCCAGCGGCGAAUGAUUUGUUCCGCAAGUCCAAAUUAGUAUAUCGCGCAGCAAUAUGGUAUCUAACCAGUCCCCACGCCUGUUCCACGCUCAGGUUUGUUUUUUAAUUCUCAUUUCUGUUUUUGCUGUUCGCUUUCUUUUUCUUUGCCUCUUGUUUUCUUUUCUUUUCUUUUUUGUAUUUUUUCUUUUUUUAUCCCCCUUCGAUUCCUUUUUCCCUUGUUCCUUUUUUGGGGUGGUUCUGGAUUUUCGAUCUCUCCCAAGCCAUUUGGCACUCUCUCCAUUAGUUCGACAAGCAAGAGCUUGUGUUUCCAUUAGUGGCCCCCCACGCUGGUUAUCUGCCAUGAGGGAACUUCAAUCAACCUUAAUUGUUUGUGUAUCAACGGGGCCGCACGAGAAGCUCGCUCCCUCGCUUAACUCCCAGACAGCGGUCGGGUGCGAGCACACGAAUAACUGGUAACUGGAAGAAACCCUCUAGGAGGGGACGGGUGUGUAUUCUGUGGCGCACGGUAACUCAGGAGGCGGGCAGUGCACGAGCACUGAGUCCGUGUCCGUGGACCAAGGGGGAAACCACUACUCUCGGACUAGAGAGAUACGUAAAACAGCCCAUCUCCAUCAUGGCAUCAUCAUCUCCCCCCAAGCACAAGCCGGAUCAUCAUUGUCGUCACCAAACUGUUUUGUCUGUUAGUUAGUCAACGUUAAUCAAGCCCGACGGGAAGGCUAGCUAUCUGCAGGAUCUCGUGGAGCACUCCUCCAUUUUAACUUUUUGGGGCCCGAAAUUAGGUCCGUGAAGCAAUGGUGAAACUGCUAGUCUGGCAUUUUCUCUCUCUUCUCGCUCGGACCAAUCCUUGCCAAGUGGCUUAGACAAAGGAAAUAAAUGAAUGAGGUAGGCGUCGUAUCAGCGCAUGCUAGUCCGGAGUCCCGGCUCGAAGAUUCAGUUGCUUCGGGAUCAUCCGGAGACGAUAGAGACAGACAGGCUCAGCGGAUUGACC